AUGAACGAUAAUCAUACUUCCAUUGAAAAUAAUAGUGAAUUAAUGAAUGAUAUAUCAAAAGAAGAUCCUAUUAUGGCUGAACGUCGUCGUUUACGUGAAAAUGAAAUAACAAAAAAACUUGGUGAAUAUUUACUUAAACGUUAUUGUAUGUUAAAUGAUGCUUGUCAAGUUUGUAAGUGUAUUCUUCUUCGUACACCUGAUCGUCAAUUAUAUUGUGUUGGUUGUCAGGAAAUCGAUAUUGAAAAUAAAAAACCUUGUGAUGAAGAAACUGUAACAAUAAAUAAGAAAAAAGAUAAUAUAAAACAUUCAAAAAAUAAAGAAAAAUCGAAUGAAAAUAUUAGUAAUUGUAAUCGACUUGAAAAUAAACUUAAAUGGGCUGUUGAUGAAUUAACAAAAACACAAAAUCCAAAACGUAUUAAUGAAAUGUGUAAAAUUAUUACUCAAUUGGCACAAACAAUCAAAAUACUUAAAAAACAAGAAAUGACAUCUGUAGAGAAUUAA